CAAACACAAAGCCGCUGAGUCUCUGUGAGUCAAUUAGGUGCCAGACUCUGACUUUUACAACCACAAGGGGGCACAAUUGCGCAAGAAAUCGUCUCCAACAUGUCGCCAAACUCUUCAGUCCAGAGCAGGAAAAGGUUGUGAAAAACAUUUCAUGGACCUGAAACUACAGAAUACAGAUCGAGAAUGACACGGAGGGUCCAGCUCACUCUGCUGUGAGCGCACAGAAAUCAGGCGGACCGGAUCCAAAAACUGCGGGUCGAACCAUCCUGAACUUCUCCUAAACAUUUCCCACGUGAAAAAUAUGAGUCCCAGCGCCGGAACUCCGCCUUGCUGAACACACCAUGGAAACAAAAUCCAGCGCUUCCCGACCACAGAGGACCCGCCCCCCCGUCAGUCACCAUUGGUUCAAUGGCGAGCCUUCAGGAUCGGCCCCCCCGGUGUCUGAUUGGACAGAAGCCCCUUCAAUCAGGAAAGCAACACGGAAAGAGAUCCCACAUGAAAAAAAAAAAAAAAAAAAGUUGUGGAGUGAAGCCUAAUCGGAUCACGACUGUUUCAUGCAGCUGCGUGGGUUUUUUAGUUGGGAAAACAAAUCCUCUCCACAGCGCGUCUGGAGCAGCCGGGAAGGAGCGCAGAGCGCGGGACGGGCAGCCGGAGGAGGAGGAGGAGGAGGAGGAGGAGGAGGGCUUCAGCUGCGGGAGGAAUCACAUAACCCGCCCGGUUCAGAGGAGGGCCAGGUAUGUUGUUCCGUUUCCAAGGACUGCCUUUGCUGAUGUCACCGCGGAGGAGGGCAGGAGAGGAGGACAGGUGCGCGCAGUAAAGUUGUCUCUCCUGUAGAUGAGGAGCUGUCACGGAGCGGAGACUGACCGCCGAUCAGCCUUCUUUCUUCUUUUUAAAUGGGAAAGCAGUUUUUUGAAGUUUCACCCCGUUCGUCCAAACUCUUGUCUGGGCUGUGCCAUCGAUUGGACUUGAAUUUUUUCCCCCCCGAAGUCUCAAGUGGAAUAUAAACACUCCACGCGUCUUUUUUUGUGGAAGUGACGGUUUGCGCACGGACUGUGGAGCUCACAGGACCCGGAUCCCGCGCUGUUAAUAACAUAUGUUGAAUCUGGUGUUACAGGCGUGAAGGAAGCUGCUGUUUUUUUGGUUUGGUGCUGUGUGCGCUGGGGUGUGGGGGAUCGAGGCGGCCCCAGCAUCGAGAGGCAACCCUUUACGCUUCAAUGCGACACUGACGCAGCCGCUCUCGCAUCCCCCCCCCUCCCCCGGUCUCAGACAGGUGAUGCUCGAGUGACUCAAUGGGAGGAUCGAUCAUCAUCAUCAACAACAACAGAGGGAGUUUGAUCUGAAAAAAAAAAAAAAAAAAAAAAGCUACACUCCUCCUGGAAUGGAAUACAACUCGAGACAGAAACCCUCAACUUCUCUGAAUCUGCGAUGAUUUCCCCGUGCGUCACUGCGUCCUGAGGAUCGGAAGCUGUUUUUUGUUUUUGUUUUUUCUUUACGUUGAAGGACGAUCGUUCUUGGACUCCUUCCACCCACCUCCUCCUCCUCUUUUUUUUUUAUUUUUUAUUUUUAAAAAAAACAAGAACCACCAACAAUGUCCAAGACGCUGAAGAAGAAGAAGCACUGGUCCACCAAAGUGCAGGAGUGCACCGUGUCGUGGGGGGGAUCCGGGGAGCUGGUCACGGUGGUCGAGGUGCGAGGCGGCGCGGAGCUGGGAGAGUUCCCCCACCUCGGGCACAUAGUUUCGGAGGCGUUGGUUUGUCACGCCGGGAGGUUCCCCGGCAGCGGGGACGUGCUGCUGGAGGUGAACGGCACUCCAGUGAGCGGACUGACCAACCGAGACACGCUGGCUGUCAUCCGCCACUUUCGGGAGCCCAUCCGCAUGAAGACUGUGAAACCAGGUAAGGUGUUGAAUACUGAUCUGCGUCACUACCUCAGCCUGCAGUUUCAGAAGGGCUCCCUGGACCAUAAGCUCCAGCAGGUGAUCAGGGACAACCUGUACCUGCGCACCAUUCCCUGCACCACUCGGCAGCCCAGAGAGGGGGAAGUUCCUGGAGUGGACUACAACUUCAUCAGCGUGGGGGAGUUCCGCGACCUGGAGGAAAGUGGACUGCUGCUGGAGAGCGGCACCUACGAUGGCAACUACUACGGGACCCCGAAGCCCCCGGCAGAGCCCAGCCCCGUGCAGCCAGACUUGGUGGACCAGGUUCUGUUCGACGAGGAGUUUGACACGGAGGUCCAGCGCAAACGCACAACCUCGGUCAGCAAGAUGGACAGAAAGGACAGUGCCGCCCCGGAGGAGGAGGACGAGGAGGAGAGGCCUCCGAUGGUCAACGGCCUGGCCGAGCACAAGGACAAGGCGGAGUGGAGGAAGACGGUGCCCAGCUACACCCAGUCGGCCGCCGCCAUGGACCUGCGCGCGUGGAACCUGCAGGAUGACAGUCAGGAGCCUUUGCCUAAAAACUGGGAGAUGGCCUACACAGAGACCGGCAUGGUGUAUUUCAUAGAUCACAACAGCAAGACCACCACCUGGCUGGACCCCCGCCUCGCCAAGAAGGCCAAACCUCCCGAGAAAUGCGAGGAAGGAGAGCUGCCCUACGGCUGGGAGAAGAUUGAGGACCCCCAGUUCGGCACCUACUACGUCGACCACAUCAACCAGAAGACCCAGUUUGAGAAUCCGGUCAUGGAGGCCAAGAGAAAGAUGAGCGUCGACAUGCCCGCUGCAGCACCGCCACCGGCAGCCGCACCCGCAGACGAGCCUGUCAGGGGAUUGCGGGGCUUCACCAGAGAUCCGUCUCAGCUGCAGGGCACCAUCCUGCAGACGGCGCUGAGGAAGAGUCCCCAGGGCUUCGGGUUCACCAUCAUCGGAGGAGACCGACCGGACGAGUUCCUUCAGGUCAAAAACGUCCUUCCUGAUGGGCCGGCGGCACACGACAACAAGAUCGCCUCAGGUGACGUGAUCGUGGACAUCAACGGGGCUUGUGUUCUGGGGAAGACUCAUGCUGAUGUGGUGCAGAUGUUCCAGUCCAUCCCAAUCAACCAGUACGUGGACAUGGUCCUGUGCCGGGGCUACCCACUGCCCGAGGAUACCAACAGCAGCGAGGACGCCUCAGGAGGCCUCUGCACCUCCAAGGACACUUCCCCUUCCCCCUCGACCUCCACGCCACAGGACCCCCACUACACAGUCCCAGACGGAGGAACCCUCCCCAGGCAGACUGCUGCGGUACCUCCCAUGACCAACGGAGGACGCCACCACCACCAUCCUCAUCCUCACCAGCACCACCACCACGUCCCUCACAUCCCCAACCAAGACGGGCCCGACCCCACUCUGUUACAGCCGGAGCUGGUGAGCGUGCCCUUGGUGAAAGGCCCCGGAGGCUUCGGCUUCGCCAUCGCGGACUGUCCCCUGGGCCAAAAGGUGAAGAUGAUCCUGGAUGCUCAGUGGUGCCGCGGCUUGCUGAAGGGCGACGUCAUCAAGGAGAUCAACAGGCAGAACGUCCAGACGCUGAGCCACUCCCAGGUGGUGGACAUCCUCAAAGACCUGCCCGUGGGCAGCGAGGUCAACGUGCUGGUGCUCAGAGGAGGUCAGACGUCUCCGGUGAAAUCACUAAAACCAUGCACAGCUCCCAUAUCCCAGCCUGCACCUCAGCAGGCGCCCCACUCGGUUCCACAGCAGUUGCCCCACCCAGCGCACCAGCAGUUGCCCCAUGCGUGCUCCCAGCCCAUCUCGCAGCAACAGCAGCAGCAGCAGCAGCGACAGGAGAUGCUCAGCAGCACAGAGACCAUCGGUCAGCCCAGCGAGCUGCCCCCCAAUCCGCUGUCCUACCCUGCCACCACGCUGCGAGCCUCCUCUCCCAAACCCGACGCGUCUGAGCUCUACCUCAAGUCCAGGGCCAUGUUGGACAACAAGCCUCCUAAUACCAAGGACCUGGAUGUGUACAUCAAGAGGAACCAGGAGUCGGGCUUCGGCUUCAGGGUCCUCGGAGGAGAGGGGCCGGAUCAGCCGGUGUACAUCGGCGCCAUCGUGCCACUGGGCGCAGCAGAGAAGGACGGACGGCUGCGGGCCGGCGAUGAGCUGCUCUGUAUAGACGGCGUGCCAGUAAAGGGCAAAUCCCACAAACAGGUGCUGGAGCUGAUGACCAACGCUGCCCGCAACGGCCAAGUCAUGCUCACGGUCCGCAGGAAGCUGGCGACGUCAGAUGGCGACGAGGAGGAGGAGGGCGGUCAGCAGCCGCAGCAGGUGGCAUCCGUCCUGGUCAACAACUCCCCCAAGACGCCUCGUGGCGAGUUCCCAAACGCCGUCCAGCCCGCUCAGCCCGCUCGGCCGGAGUGCUUUGACGUUCACCUGCAGCGCAAAGACAACGAGGGCUUUGGCUUCGUUAUCCUGACUUCGAAGACCAAGCCCCCGCCUGGAGUUAUACCUCACAAGAUCGGCCGUAUCAUCGAGGGCAGCCCCACAGACCGCAUCGGCAUGAUGAGGGUGGGAGACCGCAUCUCUGCCGUCAACGGCCAGUCCAUCAUGGAGCUGUCGCACAACGACAUCGUCCAGCUCAUCAAGGACGCCGGCACUUCUGUCACCCUCACUGUCGUGCCUGAGGACGAAAGUGCUCCUCCAUCCGGAACAAAUUCAGCCAAGCAGAGCCCUUCGGCACAACACAGAGCCAUGGGCCAGCAGCCUCCGAGCUAUCCAGACAGGAACGGCGACGCCGAGAUGAAGAACUCGCUCCUCCCAAAAGAUAUGGGAACGCUCAUCAUGUCAGGCCCCAAGCAGGGCUGUUUCGUGGUGGAGCUGGAGCGCAGCCAGCGGGGCUUCGGCUUCAGUCUGAGAGGAGGGAAAGAGUACAACAUGGGCCUGUUCAUCCUGCGCCUGGCCGAGGACGGGCCUGCUCUCAAAGACGGCCGGAUACAUGUCGGAGAUCAGAUAGUGGAGAUCAACGGCGAGGCCACCCAGGGCAUCACGCACACUCGGGCCAUCGAGCUGAUCCAAGCGGGAGGCAGCCGGGUUCACCUGCUGCUCCGACCCGGCCAGGGCCUGGUCCCUGAUCACAGUUCAAAGGACAAAGUAACCAUUCCAACCUCAAGCUUUCCCAGACUCUCUGCAUCUGACGGACAGUCAUCUCCAGCCUCUCCAUCCUCCGUCUCCCUCUCUACCUCCGAACUGUCCCCGUCUUCGCCCAAAACAACCGCCGCUGAUGAGGUCUCCGGGGGGGAUCCCAGGGCAACUGGGUCCCCGGUAGCGGGGCCGGAGCACGGCAGGCAGGCCGGCAAAUCAAGAGGACAGCAGCUCUCUCACCACAGCCAUAAGCGUACCGCCAGCCCCGGCAGCCAGGCCAGAAAAACAAGCAGGAGCGACUCCAAGCCAGCCAGUCCCAUGAGAGCUGCUGAAGGCUGGGCAGAUCAUGUCGAGGGUUCACCGAGCCCGAGAAAAACAGAGCAAGGCUACGGCGGAUCCCUGGAGGAUAUGAGCAGAGAGAGAAGAGCUCAAGGGCAGAGAGACCACCGCUCCUCUAGCCCGAGGAAGACCCCCAAGAGGGAGCAAGACCCUGCUGUGCCUCAGAGCCCCAGGCGUCCAGCUGGCCAGCAGCCCAGCACUGCCUAUGGAGAAGGGAAGGACAGGAGGUACAAGGAGGAGGACGCAGCUACCUGGCAGGCUUUAGAGAGUGGAGACAAAAGCUACGGGACCAGUGAACGCCACAAGAAGACCCCUUCCCAGACGCACAGGGAGAGGGCGGGGUCGGAUGCCGAUGGUGGCACCCUGAGCCGGAGGAGUGGAAGAGAGAAGGGGGAUAAGGAAUACCGGGAAAGCAAGCACCACGGAGCAACGGAUGAAGCAAACAGAAAGGAUCCCAGGGGUUCGAGCAGUAGCAUCCAGGACCCCAGCUGCAACGGGACCUCCACCAGCAAGAAGGCUCCCAUCACCCCCGGUCCAUGGAAAGUUCCCAGCUCCGCCAAGAUCCAGUCCCAGGCGGAGACGACAUACGCAGAUAUCUGACGUCCUCCCAGGACUCUCUGCGUGUGAUAAGAGAAAUCUGAGCCUCUGAAAGACAGACAUUCAAAAAAACAGAAGGAUUUUUUUUGUUUUGUUUUUUUUGUUAAGCAAUCUCGGACAAAUCAGAUCACUGUGUAACCAGCAACAUAGCUUCUCAUUUAUCAUGAAUUUUUUUUUUAUGUUUUUUUUUUUAUGUUUUUUUUCACCCAGUUUGCCUCGGUCAGUUUGCAAUCAAGUCUGAUCUGACAUGUGUGCUUGUACCUUACACGAGUAUUUGUACUGUGCGAUGAUGAUGAAGAGGAGGAGGAGGAGGAUGUGCGGACAUGGUUUUGUUUCGUUUGUUUGGUUUUUGUGGAUGCGACACUGAAGUCUAUUUCGUGCCAAUCAGGGACUCCGGUUAUGAAAGAAGCUGCUCCGUAUUGCACUCACUGUGAGACUGUUCUGUGGGUUACGAGAUGAAGCGCUCUCCCCGCCGUGAUGAAGGAUUCUUCUUUUUGUUUUUUGUUUUUUUAAAAUGUUUUUUUUUGUCACUAUGAAGGGUUUAGGACAUGUUCACACAGCAAUCACUCAGCUUUUUCUGUUUUUUUUUUUGUUUUUUUUUCGGGGCGAGGUCGAUCCCCCUGUCGCCGUCACUGAAGGAUGUACUAAACAAAAAAAAACAAAAAAAAAAAAGUGAGGCUGGUGAGAUUCUCUUCAGAGCGACACAGUGUCUUCUUGCUUUGUUUACUGUCCUGUUUUUUUCAUUUUUUGUCCCCGAGGGAACCCGGCGACGUAAGUUGUGAACUGACCGUAUUCAUACACAUGGAGGAAGAACUCACAAAAUAAACUCUCUGAUCCCAUUUAGCUUAUCAGAGGGUGGACAGACUAAACCCCACCACCACCACCCACCACCCCGAGAGCUUUAUAUGCAUCAAACAGCAAGACCAGAUACUUGUGGUUAUAGUUCUAAUGUUUGUUACAUGUGUGUUAAAUAAUAAAAAAAAAAGCAUAAUGUAAUUUAUUGAAAUGGUAUGUAAACGAAAAAAAAUAAUAAUAACAAUAAUAAUAAGAUUGUCAGUACACAUGUCCAUUCAGAGUCAUUUCACUUUAAACGUGGACUUUAUUGUAGAGACAGAAUGUGUAGACCAGCAUCACCAUCUAAAACAAAAAAAAACAAAACACUAACACCGAUCUAUACAUUCUAUUUCUAUGAUUUUUCGCAGUCAAGCGAGCCUGAUACAUAACGUCGUCUACUGUGAGCAGCUCUGCAUUUUAAGUCCUUCUGGCUGUGUGUGUAUGUAUGUAUGUAUGUAUGUAUGUAUGUAUACAAGCUGACGGGUAGGCCUGUGUAUUUUUUAGGUAUCGCUGUAGCAAAAUCGACUAUAAUCCAGUUUAAAAAACAAAAACAAAAAACAUAUCAUUUAACAAAAGCAUCGACAGACAUAUAUCGACACGUCAUUUAGAUGAGUUGAACUAAAGAAAAAAAACACAAAAAAACAGGAGCUCGAUUGUAAGAAAGUGAGAACAUCUGCCUUGAAAUUAGAGAUAUGUGUAUUUUUUAUCAUCGUGAACGUAGGCACAAGAACAUAUCAUCUAUCUGCACUCUAACCUCUAAAUCUAUCUAUUGAUCAUUUCUUUUUUUUUUUUUUUGUCAGUGUGUAACCCCCUUAAUGUGAGAAGAAGAUAAAAAGAUAGUAUGUGCAUUUUUUUUUUUUUUAGCUUCACUGUCACAAAUAAAAGUCAGACUCCAGAACGCAGUCGCUUUUCCACGCGAGGAGGGACGUUGGGUCGUCGGUGCGGUGCAUAUAUCUGAAAAAUGGCUUGACUGCUUUCUUCGGGAGUCUUACUUUGAAACAACUCGACAAUUUACAUGUAUGUAUUUUUUUUUUUUUUUUUAAUUUAUUGGGAUCAGUUGUGCCCUGCUCUGAAGACUUUUUAAGUUUAGUGUGGUUUUGUCAGUGUUGCUACUUGUGGAGUGCAGCGACAUCUAGUGGUUCAUGAAACUGCUCGUCACAAACUAGUCCCUGCUCCAUCCGAAACCCUCGUCGGCCCGUUUGAAGGAUGUACAGAAGUACACGCGCAUCUCCGGGUCCGCGAGACCGCUUUACUAAUUUAUUGUCCACUUUAUUGUUGAUAUGAUGGGCUACUGUGUUAUUUACUGUUCAUGCCAUUACCAUGUAUGAUACCGUGGCCUUGCAUUGCUCCAACAUAUAUAAAUAUAUAUAUAUAUAUUAAAAAAAGAAAAAGAAAAAGUCUUUUAGUUUUGACAUCAUGGUAGAUGUAAAUGUUUAUAAAUUGUACAGCACCUGUAUAAAAUAUUUGCCUUCAUGCCGAAAACAAAACAAAAAAAUCCAAUGUAAAUCGUUUCAUUAUUUUUUUAAGGGAGGUUGAGAGGAAAUGAUAUAAAAUGGGUGAAAAAAAAGAAAAAGAAAUAAUGUUGUCAUGGCAUUCUGUUCAUGCACUGAUAAAUAAAGGUUUACUGAAUAAACACGA